AUGAGUAAGUUUUAUGAAGUAUCGAAAGUGCUCGAUAAGCGUACGGACGCUCACGGUCGAGUUCAGUACCUCGUACACUGGCGUGGCUAUAGAAAGAAGUACGAUAGCUGGGUGGAUGAAACGGAUACAAACGAGCGCCUAAAACAAGUGUUUAGGACAAACCACCAAGGAACUCCAGGCUUGCUGCAGACCUUGGCUGUAUUAGUUGCAGAGAAACUGAACAUGAAGAAACCGCCAACAACCAGCAUCGUGAGACGUGCGUCUGUUACCAUGCCGAUGGAUACCCAGACCUUUAAAGAGUUGUUCGGUGGACUUCCUUCCGCGCCAAAUCUCUUGCGAGCGACGAAGUUUUCUGUGCUCAUUCACGAGCUUGACGCCAUAAUGCCUGCCGGAUGGUCAUUAAACACUUUCGAAACCCCACGACUUGUCGGUUGCAGCCCUGCAAGCCUGUCGAGAUUGCUCUUUUAG